AUGUUUAAAGUAUCCAAAAGAUAAUUGCAACAAAUAUUAACUUCUGCUUUAAAUAAAGAGGAUGAAAAUUGUAUGGAUGAGUUAAAAUCAACAAAGCAGUUUGUAGAAUCUCUAAAAUCUAAUAUAAAUCAAGGAUUGGGAGAUAAUGAGAUAAGUAUAAGAUAAUAAGUAUUUGGAAUCAACGAGAAGGAGAGAUUCAUACCUCUUAAUUCAAUGAGUAAGAUUUGGAGUCUAAUAAUUGUAAAUAAUGAAUAUAAUAUAGCAGAGACCAAAAACAAUAUUUUUUUAAUGUAUGUCUCUAAUGGCAUUUAUUUUAACCUACCUAUCAACCGAAGGAGUUUUUACAAAUGAAUGGAUAGAAAGGGUUAUUAUAUUUGUAAUAAUUUCUUUGAAUCCGAUAAUAUUAUCAGCAAUUCAAGUAAAUUUAUAACAACCUAACCAAGAUAAAAAUCAAUGAUAGUAACAAAAAAAAUUCAUAUAUUCAAGAUGAAUAAUAAAAAUAAGUCGUAGUUUUGAGGAAUGGAAAUGAGUAGACUAUAAUAGCUAGGGAUUUAGUAGUUGGAGAUGUUGUGAUUUUAAAGUAGUAUGAUAAAGUGUAUGUUGACGGUUUAAUCGUGGAAUAAUCUAAAUUAUGUAUUUAUGUAUAUAUAUAUUUAAUUAUUAUUUAUUUAGGAAGGCUUUUUAACAGGAGAGAUUUUGGGUGUUCCUAAAUUUACAAUAGAAGAGGGAAAUCAAGAGAUUGAGCCAACUUCUUUGAGUAGUAGUCAUUUUGUCUAUUCAGAAAGCGAAGUAUUGAAAGGUUAGGGCAAAUUAUUGGUUUUGGCAGUUGGUGAAAAUGUUCAUGGUUUUAAAUUAUAAAGUUUAUUGGGAAAAUUUGAAGAGGGAGAACCAGUUAUCUAUAAAUCAGUAGAAAAUAUUUCAUCUAAAAUGGAAAUAAUAGGGUUUUUAGGUUCUCUAAUUGUAAUCAUUAUGGUACUGAUCAGAUAUAUGGUUCAAUAUUAAAACUCAAUUUUAAAUGGAUAUUGUACAUUAUCGAAUAUUUUGAACUUUAUUAUAGUUUUAUUAUCAUGGAAUUCAUCAAAAGCAUUGAUAAAUCAUUAUAAAAUUCAAUAAGCUUAAACUUUAAAGAAGAUGUUAAAUUCAAAAAAUUUAGUUAGAAUGUUAUAAACAUUAGAAAAUUUGCCAUUCAUGAAUAAAGUAUUUUUCAUUUUUUAAUAAUCAAGUUAAUUAUUGGUACAUCAUCUCUAGAUGAAAAUAAAAUGGUUGUUGAUAGUUUUCUAAAUGAUACUGAUGGACAAUUAACUUAAUCGACAUUAGACCAAUUUCCAUAAGAAUUUAAAUAAGCCUUAAUUGAUUGCUGUUUUAUAAAUAACAAUCCAGAAAAAGAUUCAAUAAAUUCUAUAACAGAAGAAGCAUUUUAUUAGCUAUCCUAAGAAUUACAAAUUGAAGUAAAAGAGAGAAAAAGUAAAGUGACUCAUUUAAUCCCUUAUACAAGUGCUAGAAGGAUAAGAGUAAGAAUUUAGAUUUAUUUAAUUAGGGAUGCAUUAUUCAAAAUAGCAGAAUUUGUCUGAAGGGAGCAAAUGAUGUAAUAUUGAAAUCAUCAAAUAGUUUUUAUAGUUUAAAAGAUGGGAUAAUUCCUAUGAAUGAUUUUGUAAAGAAUAAGAUAGAAUAUAAUUUAAAGUAAUUAAGUUAAAAUGCUGGUGUAAUUAUAGCAAUAGCAUUUAGAGAUAUAGAUUUAAAAAAUGAAAAUAUUGAAGAAUAGAUGAAGAAGAACAAUUUUAAAUAUGAAACAGAAAAUUUGACAUUAUUAGGUUUUUUUUUAAUCUCAUCUAAAUUGAAAAGUGAAGGGAAAAAGGUUGUUGAAGAAAUUUAAUAAGCAGGAGUGAAAGUUAUUUUGAUUGGAGGUGAUAAUGAAAAGUUUAUAAAGAACAUAGCUGAAAAGACUGGGAUUAUGUCUUAAGACUCAAAAAUUACAGAAGGAAAUUAUUUUACAGAAUAAUUAAAAAAUAAAACAGAAAAUUUUAUUAAAGAAUUAGAAGAUAUUUGUGCUAUUAGUAGAGCACCUCCCGAAGUACAUUACUAGAUGGUUAAAGAAUUACAAUAACUAGGACAUGUUGUAGGAGUAACUGGUCAUUCAUUACAUAAUAGUAAAUAUUAAUUUAAUUUUAUAAAUUAGUUGAUAGUCUAAAAUAGGCUGAUGUAAGUUAUUGUAUAGGAAGUUCAGAAGCAGAAUUAGUUAAAGAGAAUUCAGGGAUUUUUUUGUUGGAUAAUAGUCUUCAUUAUAUUUAUCUAGGGAUCAUUUUAGCUAGAAAUCUAUUGGAUUCUAUUAAAAGACUAAUUCAAUAUUAAAUUACCACUCAUUUAUCAUUAAUUAUUAUUUUAAUCGUUUCAUUAACUAUUAGUGAUACUAUUAUAAUAACUCCACUAUAAUUUGUUUGGAUUAAAUUUAUAACUGAUUUAAUUUCUUCAUUUGCUUUGUCUAAUUGUAAACCAACUACUAAAUACUAAAAGCCUCUUAAUAAAAAAGGGUUUUUAAUAGAUAUUCUUCUUUAUAUCCACAUUAUUAUAUUAUCUGUCUAUAUCAUAGCUGUAUGCAUCUUAUUUGUAGAUUAAGUAUAUUUAUUUUAAUCUAUAUCUAGUCUUUAAUGGUAUUCAACAUUUUUGUAAUUACAACAUUGUUUAAUUUGAUAAAUUCUCGUAUGGUUCAAUUAGAGAUCAAUAUCUUUAAAGGAUUUUGUGGUUCUUGGAUGAUUUACAUUUCAAUAAUGAUUAUUGGAAUGCUUCAAUAUAUCAUUGUGGAAUAUGGAGGAAAAUUAAUAUAAACAUUUAAUGGUUUAACUCUUUAAUAAUGGUAAUUUAAAAUUUUAAUAUAAAAAGGCUUAUUUGUAUUGCUAUUGGAUUUGGUAGUAUAGUUUGGAGAGCUGUACUAAUUAUGUUCAUCAAACCAAUUCUUGUUAAAAAAAUCACUUCUAUUAAUUAAAAGAUUAACAAAGCCAAAUUAAAGGCUAAUUGAAAUAAUAUUAUACAGUGC